UGCAUGGAUCUGUACGGCGCGGGGGCGGCCGGGGGACCGGCGGCGAGGCGGCCGUGGAGCAAGGAGGAGGACAAGAUGUUCGAGAGAGCGCUGGUGAUCUGCCCGGAGCACACCCCCGACCGGUGGGCGAUCAUCGCGGCGCAGCUCCCCGGGCGCACGCCGCAGGAGGCGGCGGAGCACUACCAGGCGCUCGUCGCCGACAUCGACCUCAUCAUGCGCGGAGCCGUCGACGCCCCCGGGUCCUGGGACGACGAUGACGGUAACGACCGCCGCGGCGGCACCGGCAAGCCCCGCGGCGAGGAGCGCCGCCGCGGCGUACCCUGGUCCGAAGACGAGCACAGGCUGUUCCUCGAGGGAUUGGACAGGUACGGGCGGGGAGACUGGAGGAACAUCUCGCGGUUCGCGGUGAGGACGCGGACGCCGACGCAGGUGGCGAGCCACGCGCAGAAGUACUUCAUCCGGCAGGCCAACGCCGGCGCCCGCGACUCCAAGCGCAAGAGCAUCCACGACAUCACCACCCCUUGACCAGCAUCAUCCAUUUUACUAUUUUUCUCUGCUACUCUUUUGUGGAUAGAAUGAAACGAGCGAGAAGUAGACGUGACGUGUACAUUAUAUUAUCCUACUAUAUCACAACAUAGGCAAGUAGUACUGUGAAUGAAACCGUAUGUCACUUUGGGGCUCUCCGUAACCGUGGACGGCCUACUUGACCGAAACAGAGGCUGCUGAGAGCUCCAGCCGGCACAUGGUUUGGGCUUUAGGUUUUCAGCAUUAGUUUAGGGUAGUUAAGUCAAGGACUAAUGGGGUUUGACGUGGCAACGCGUUUGAUUGAAGACUGUUCAUAAUAAUAUGGGGCUAAUGCUUUUGUAUGUUUGCUACUGUCGAAAUCAUCGUUAAGGAUAGCCACGGAGGGGGUCAUCUUAUGACAUUUUAAAGGAAAAUGAUAAACAACAUAAAAGUUAA